CUGAGAGCCGCCUCUGAGGGGAAACGAGGUCGCUUCCUGAUCUGAGAGGCACGUAUAAAAAACGAAAGUCAGAGAGAGGGAAACAAGUGCACAUGGUCGAUGAAGGCUGACGGGAAGGCAGCCUGGAAACAUCUCAGCCCUCUUUGGUGAUAACGGGUGUGUGCAUCGCUUGGUCUCCGAAGGCACAGCAUCAUGAGCCAGUGGAAGCAGAUUCAGCAGCUGGAGAUCAGACUCCUGGAACAGGUGGAUUACCUGUAUGACGACAAUUUUCCUAUGGACAUCAGGCAGGGGCUGGCCACCUGGAUCGAGUCUCAGGACUGGGACACAGCGGUGAACGACGAGUCGAUGGCUGGGGUGCUCUUCACCAACCUGCUGUCCCAGCUGGAGAGGGUGCGCUCGCAGGAGCAGAACUUCCUGCAGCGACACAACAUGAAAAUCAUUCAGCAGCAGCUGCAGGUGAAAUAUGCCACCAAUCCUGUUGUCAUGGCCAAAGUCAUCUCCACCUGCCUCAGGGAAGAGCGGCGUAUUCUCUCCAGCGCCUGCAUGCAGGAGCAGGGUCCUCUGGAGAAGUCUCUGCAGAGCUCUGUGGCCUUUGAGAGGCAGAAAAACAUGGACAACAGAGUUGGGAUCAUCAGGGGCAGCGUGCAGUUGAUGGACCAGGCUGUGAAAUACAUCGAGGACAUGCAGGAUGACUUUGAUUUCCGCUACAAGACCCUGCAGUCUCGAGAAUCAACAGACAGAAACUCUGAAAUGAUGAAACAGGAAGUAACAAGACUACAGGAAAUGCUCAAUCGGCUUGACUUUAAAAGGAAGGAGAUUUUAUCAAAAAUGGAUGUUGUGAUCAAAGAGAUUGAUGACCUGAUGACCUCUCAGCUCAACCCUGAGCUGCAGGACUGGAAACGAAGGCAGCAGAUCGCUGCCAUCGGAGGUCCUCUGCUCACCGGGCUGGAGCAGCUGCAGAGCUGGUUUACCCUGACUGCCCAGAGCCUUUUCCAGAUCAAGCGUCAGCUGGACAAACUAGGAGAGCUGGUUGUGAAGGUUACCUAUGAGAGCGACCCAAUACCACUGCAAAAACCUCAGAUGGAAGAGCGAGUCAAAUACCUCAUCUAUCAUCUCAUCAAGAGCUCAUUUGUGGUGGAGAAGCAGCCAUGCAUGCCCACACAUCCACAGAAACCCCUUAUCAUCAAGACUGGAGUACAGUUCACCACCAAAGUCAGACUCCUGGUUAAACUUCCAGAAGUUGAUUAUCAGCUGAAAGUGAAAACAACAUUUGACAAGGACCUCCCUCCAGGCAGAGUAAGUCGUCAGUUUUUCAUCCUGACCAACAACACUAAAGUCAUGGACAUUGAGGACUAUUCGAACGGCUGCCUGUCAGUGGAGUUCAGACACCUGCAGCUGAAAGAGAAGAAAUACAUCAACGGCACAAAAGGAAAUGAGGGCCUGCUCUCUGUGACAGAAGAACUUCACUCUCUCAGUUUUGAGGCCUGUUUCACGGUGCAGGGCCUCACCAUCGACCUGGAGACGUGCUCCCUGCCACUUGUGGUGAUUUCCAAUGUGAGCCAGCUGCCCGGAGGCUGGGCCUCCGUCAUGUGGUACAACCUCCUGACCGACGAGCCGAGGAACCUGGCUUUCUUCGGGAACCCGCCUCGGGGGAGCUGGAGCCAGCUCUCCGAGGUCCUCAGCUGGCAGUUCUCCACUUUCGCCGGGCGAGGGCUCAACAAAGAGCAGCUCACCAUGCUGGGAGAAAAGCUCUUUGGUCAGCACACCUCCUUCAGUGACUCUCAAGUUCAAGUGUCCUGGUCCAAGUUCUCCAAGGAGAAUAUUCCAGGGAAGCCGUUCAGCUUCUGGCUGUGGCUCGACUCGAUCCUGGAGCUCAUCAAGAAGCACCUGCUGCCGGUCUGGAAUGAGAACUACAUCAUGGGGUUCGUGAGUAAAGAGAUGGAGCGAGCUCUGCUGAAGGACAAAGAGCCAGGCACCUUCCUGUUACGGUUCAGCGAGAGCCACCUCGGGGGCAUCACCUUCACCUGGGUGGAGCAUGGCGAUAAUGGUGAAGUGAAGUUUAACUCUGUGGAGCCUUACACCAAAAACCGGCUCAGCGCGCUCCCCUUCGCUGACAUCAUUCGAGACUACAAAGUGAUCUCAGACGGGGUCGUCCCCGAAAACCCGCUCAAGUUCCUCUACCCCGACAUCCCCAAAGACGAGGCCUUCGGGCGGCUUUACAACAGCCAGCCCAGCAAAGUGCAUCCAUACAUCCCAUCAACCCUGAUCCCCAUCUCAGAAAUGCGCUCUAAUGCGAGCACCACGCCGCGGUCGUGUCAGUCCCCGGAGCCCCCGAUGACACCUGGAGAGUUCGACAUGCUCAACGAGCACCUGUGCUUCGACAUCGACACCAUGAGUUCUCCUUAUUCCGAGUGAAAAGGGAUGAAACAUUUGGAUUGGGAGCUUCUUUGAGUCCUUCGUCAAUAUUGUGACUCUCGUGGAAAUGUUACUUUUCCAGAGCUUGUUACUGGUUACAAAUGUGUGUUUUUUUUUUUUUUAAUUUUAUGUUGUCGUCCAUGAAAAAAACGUCAGUCUGUGUUUAUUGUCUUGACUUUGUGCCUUUUAUAUUUGAACUGUUCAACAAUGUUUUUCUAUAAGAAAUUUACUGUAUAUAAAUCAAUCUAAAUGUGUUUUUUAUUGUAAUAUACCAUAUGAACAGCAGUUUGAUACUUUAU